UUCACUGGUCAAACAUCACACUUUCCUUCCACUUUCAUCGACUUAGUCUUUUUUUUAUAACUUUUCUUUUCUUCCAAUAAAUCAUUUCCUUCCUUUUUUUUUCAUCUUUUUUUUUAUCUUACCACUUUCCUUGAAACUCAUCAUUUUAUCAUCUCUAGUUGGUUUUGUUGUAAAGGGCAUGCUUUCAUUUCGCUAAUCAUUUCAAAUUUUCCUUCUACUUGGUCUGAGAUAAAGGUUUCUGAAGUAGGGUUUUGAAGAUAUAAUAUAAUGAACUCACGCAGUUCAUACUUUACUCCAAUCAAAAUCCCUUGGAAUUGGAACCCUUUCGUUUUGUUCAUCAUGUUCAUCUAACACACGUUGAAAUGUCUCCAGAUUGAGUGAUUUAGCUCUUUUGAUCAAGUCUUCAUUUGGUUCUGUUGAAAUUUUCAACAUAAGCAGCAGCACUUGUUUCUUUUUCUCAUCAUCAAUUGCUGUUAUACUAGCAAAGGACACCACUUCCUUGAAUGGGAACUGAUAGUUGUGAAGUGGUAGAGCCGUUACCGGAUCCUCGCUCUUUUAAGGUACAUCGUAGAUUAUGCACAGAACUCAGGAGAUUAGUUGGUAGAGUCCUAAGGAUAUUUCCGCAGAUAGAGGAAACGCGCCCUCGGUCCUCAUCAGGAAUAGCAGCUCUGGUUUUGCUAACUAGUACACUUGAUAAAGCCAAACAGCUUCUGCAAAAUUGGGCGGAUUCUAGUAUACUCUACCUGGCGAUGACUGGGGAGUCAAUACUGUCGAAAUGCCAAAAGGCAAGAAAGUCAUUAGAGAAAAGCUUAGUCCAGAUUCAGGAUAUAGUUCCUGUUAUGUUGGCUGCAGAGAUUUCUCGAAUAAUUGAUGAUCUUAGGUGUGUGACCUUUUCCCUGGAUUCUGUUGAUGAAGAGGCUGGAAGGGUUAUGAGAGAGUUGCUCCAGCAAGGUCCUCCGACCUCAGAUAACGAUUCAAAGGAAAAUUCAGACAUUAAGUCUCUCCUGUUUGUGGCAGCGAGACUUAAUAUUACAUCCGCAACAACCAUCAUAAUAGAGAUUAGAUCUAUUAAGAAGUUAUUACAAAAACUUGGACCAAAAGAGGAAGAUAAAAAGAUGAUCUUGAAAAAUCUCUUGUAUCUUCUGAUAACGCAUAGGAAGUCAAUCGUAGGAGAACAAAUGGAGGUCUAUUCUCGUCCUGAAGAACCAGCGACAACUGAGAACUCUGGUCGUGAUUCUUUAUCCUCCAAUCAUGUGAAGUCAGAGCCGUAUUUGAGCCAUGAUCACUAUGGAACUCCUGCAACCGAGCUGGGUAGAGUUGCACCCCCAGAGGAGUACACGUGUCCUAUUUCUUUAAGGUUGAUUUAUGACCCUGUUGUCAUUGCUUCAGGAGUAACAUACGAAAGGAUGUGGAUACAGAAAUGGUUUGAUGAGGGUAAUGUUAUAUGCCCGAAAACGAAAAAGGAAUUGUCGCAUAUGUCGUUGACUCCCAACGUUGCUUUAAAGGAGUUAAUAUCAAAAUGGUGCAAAGCUAAUGGAGUCUCCAUUCCUAACCCAAUCAGACAGGUAGAAGACAUUCGCUCGUGGGAAGCUUCUGUGACUUCCAUUAGAAGUUUUGGAAGUUCCAUGAAUGGUUUGAACUUGCCAAUGGAUAUUAGUAACAUGUCACUUGGAUCGUUAGAUAACAGUUAUAAUUCAGAUUCCUCACUUGUGAAGGCUAGUCAAGGCUUAAAUCCGAAGUUGGUCAAGACUAGAGGUGGGUCUCGCGGCCAGAAAUCUGAUUCACAGAUACAUGACACAUAUCUGACGCCCUUGUCUAAACUUCACGAGCGUCAAUGGGAUUCGCAAUGCCAAGUCGUCGAAGAUAUGAAAAUAGAUUUCAAAAGAAAUUACCAAGCGUUUAGCUCUAUGUCAUCAAGUGAGAAUUUGAUUGACCCCCUUGUGAGAUUUCUGAAAACUGCAUAUGAUAAGCAUGACACGAAAGCUCUGAGAGGUGGAAGUCAGUUACUGUUGGAAUUUACAAAGUGCUGCAGAAAUGGUGUGACAAACUUAAGUGAAGAUACUUGCAGUGUGUUGGCAAGUCUCCUAGAGUCAGGAGUGAUUGGAGAAGCUCUUGCAAUACUGGAAGUGUUGUCGAACCAUUGGUCUGAUAAAGCUAACAUUGCAGCUUCCAGUGCAUUGGCCGCUGUUUCAAAGAUCCUUGAUUCUGCUAACAAAGAGUACCACCGGAAAGCUAUUAGAAUAAUGUGCAAUUUUUCUUCCAAUACCUCACUUUGUUCUUACAUGGUGUCUAUUGGGUGCAUCUCAAAAUUACUACCAUUUUUCGAAGACAAGUUCCUCUCAAGAGACUGUAUACUUCUACUGAAAAACCUUUUUGAUACUGAAAGUGGUAGGGUUUCUGUUGUUGAAACAAAGGGAUGCAUGUCAUGUGUUGUUGAAAUACUAAAGUCCGGCACUGACGAGGAAAAGGAACCGGCACUGGCUAUUGUACUCUCUUUGUGCUCUCAACGCUUGGAUUAUUGUGAGUUGGUUAUGCACGAGGGUAUCAUACCAUAUCUUGUAAAUAUCUCCAAUCUAGGAAACGAUAGCACAAAGGCGAAGGCGUUGGAACUACUCCGACUUUUGAGGGAUGUGGAGUACGAAGAUUGCUUUGAGCCAAAUCCCAACAACUCCCGAGAUUGUAACGAACACUUUGAAGAAAAGAAACCACCAAAGAAGCCCACGUUUUUUAAGAAACUGUCACAGUUGGGAAAAUCAAGUCCAGUCGCAUCAAAAAACAAGAGAUGAAACCGAGUUUUCCUACUUUCUUGCAAUUAGUCUAAUUUUGUAGCAUUUAUGGGAUCAAAAUAUUCUCCCAAUGUGUGUGUCUGCUGCAUAAUAUUAGACAGUAACUUGUGGCUAUAUGAUGCAUAGUUUUGUUAUAUGAUAUAUAUAAUGUAUAGUUUUCUUUGACAUGCCAAACAAAGGCUAGACAAAGUAGUUGGCAUGUUCAUUUUUCUCCUCUUCUAUCAAGAUGCUAGAGGGAUGGAUGGAUGGAUGGAUGGAUGGAUGGAUGGAUGGUGCCAUGCCAUGUGACUUGGUGAUCAUAGAUUAUAGUUGUAGACAUAGUCUUAGGUUAGACACAUUGAUGAUAUUCCCAUUGUUAUUGUAUAUAUGACUUUAUGUUGAAUAAUAUAUGUAUUUUGAAUGGUCUA